AUGGUGACAAUAUUCUUCGUGAUUUCGGGCUAUGUGCUCUCCUAUAAACCACUGAGGCUGAUCCGAACUCAUUCGUGGGAGAAGGCUUUCCACACGCUCGCAUCUUCUACAUUCAGGCGUGUACUACGCCUUUAUAUCCCUUCUAUUGCGGGAAUUUUCUGCGUGCUCAUCGCUGUUCGCCUGGGCUUCUAUCACUAUGCGACCUGGGUUCGUGAUGAGGGCCAUACUAUCCUCGGUACCAACGAACAGCACCCCCCUUAUUUCAAAUCUUUCGUCGAACAGUUUAAGGACUGGUAUCUCACUGUAGCCCAUCUGCUAGAUCCCUGGAACUGGAACACUUAUUACAAUUUCUACAAUCCCCAUCUGUGGACCAUCCCGGUCGAAUUCCGAUGUUCAUUGUCUCUCUUCCUGACCAUCGUUUGCGUUUCUCGAUUCAGAACCUGGAUUCGUUUAACGCUCGUGUCUUGCCUCAUCUAUUACUGUAUACGAUGGGGACGAUGGGACGUCGUGCUGUUUUUGUCGGGCAUGCUUAUGGCUGAGGUGGACUUAAUCCAUGGCAUCUGGGAGGACCCCCGUCCAACUCCUCUACCUUCCUCCCGUUCCAUCCCCCUCCUACACCUGCACAAACAUGAAUAUCCUCGUGGUAACGACAAUGUCAUCGACCACACCCGUUCCUCCAAUACCCACGACAUCGAAAAUACCCCAUAUCCUACCCCCACCAUGGGCAACUCUAGCCACCACCGACAGGGCUCCCACCGUCUCCUCUGGCUCAGCGUCUUUACCGUAGGCCUCUUCAUCGGCUCAUCCCCCAACAACUCUCCCCAAUCGACACCCUUCUACCGCACCCUAGCUUCAAUCCUAACCCCCAGCACUUACCCCGAGGGUCACCGCUUCCUCCAAUCCCUAGGUGCGGUAAUAAUCAUCUGCAGCAUAAAUCGCUCGCCGGACCUUCAAAAGGUCUUCACGAAUGCGUUGGCACAGUACCUAGGCAGGAUAUCAUACGCAUUCUACAUCGUUCACGGGCCCAUCUUGCACUCGCUGGGCUAUUCGCUGAUGCCAAACAUAUGGGCGCUCACCGGCAAGGAGACGAAUGCGCAGUAUUGUUUCGGAUUUGCGAUUGGAUGGCUGAUAUGUUUGCCUGUGUCUAUCUGGGUGGCGGAUAUGUUUUGGCGAGGCGUAGAUGCGCCAACCGUUAGGUUUUCGAGGUGGGUGGAAAAGUGUUUUUUGGUAGCUGGUUUAUAG